CCACCUACAAUCACGAUAGCGCUCACGCAGUGAAUUCUCGGAGUCUAUAUCACCAAUUAAUGCCCCCUCCUAACUCUCUAGACAAUAACCGCCAAAGUGUUUGCAUUAAUUGCAAAUUACGAAAGAGGAAAUGCGAUAAGUCAUUACCACAAUGCGGGCACUGUACCCGCAAAAGGCUGGAGUGUCGUUAUGUCCCCCGAGGCUCAGAGGAGCCCUUAGCUCGCGGCAGACCGUCUCUGACAGGGCCCAUCGCACACAAUCCUGCCAUCCGAUCUUCCCUGCUUCUUUCGAACAUCUUCUCAGAUAUGCUGCUAUUGGAGCCUACAAAUAUUGAAUCUGCCGUGUACCUUCAAAUCUACCGAAUUAUAAGAGCAACCGGCGGAACCUUCGAUGAAAUCAACAAUCGAUAUUUCCGCGGUAUCCACACGUUCGUCCCGAUCAUAUCCCCGGACCGUUUUAACGAUAAGCUCGACAAACUUCAAGGCGCGGCCCCCCCAACGGAUCUCUCUGUACUACUUCUCAGCAUGUGCUUGGUGACCUAUCAUCCAGAAUUCUCACAUUCGCAGAAUACCGAGCCUCCACACCUAUCAACCCUGUACUUGACGACAAAGUCGCUUUUCGCACAAGUUCAAGCAUCUUCGUCCCUUUCGCUGCCUUUGAUCCAAGCAGGAGUUCUAAUAGCCGUCUAUGAAUACUCCAGUGGAAGGUAUAGUGAGUCAAUUGCAAGUAUUGGUUACUGUGCACGAAUGGGCAUAAGCCAUGGUUUACAUCUCGUUAACCCCCCCGGAAUUACGGAUGAUGAGCUGUUUACGCAAGUGGAAGAAUGGAAUACUUGGUGGAGCAUUUUUAUCUGUGAGAGAACGUUCAUUUGUGAAGCACGUGAAUUGCUGCAACCUCUUAUAGCACAAGCUCCAGAAAUAGAAGCCAAUCGUGCAACGAAGUUAGAAGACUUCCCUCUCAGCGACCUUUCUGAGUCCAAAAGGAUCCCAAAUCUUCCAGACGACCCUUCUCAAGAACGUGGAGCAUUCGCUAGUGUAGCUCGGGCUGCAUGGCUCCUGGAUCGGACGUUACAAUCUCUACGUAUAGCUGAUGAUGAUCUUCGAAUAGCGCAACUGAAGAAGCUGGACAGUCUGCUUCAGAAUCUUUUGGCGGUGGGUCUGAGAAGAGCAGGUGGUUUUAGAGGCUUGUGGUGUACAGGAAAUGCGGUUAUGAUGCGUACACUAUUUGUCAUACACCGACAUAUCCUCUACCAAGACUCGACCCCCACUGCUUGCAACAGCCCGACGGAAAUGGAGCGGCAAAACUCCUAUACAGCACUCAACACCGUUAGCAUGAUGAUGCUAGAUAUAGCAGCUGCCCAGAACAAACUCUCUUUGUCGUUAAUAGAUACCUUGCCCCCAAGUGUCUCGUAUAUCAUUCAUGCCGCUCUUGAUCACGUCAAGGCGAUGAAUCUGUUAGGCGAAGAACGGAUUCAUGUGGAGAAUCAACUCAGCUGGACCCUUGGCAUGCUUCAGAAGCGGUGGUAUGACACUGCAUAGAGAGGGAAUACGCUUUCUGAUCCUCUCAAGCUAGAAAACAUCCUACUGUGCCACAACGCUUGGGUGUAUUACCGUAGAUAGCACGAUUAUGGCUCCAACGUUUGUGUCCGAAAGUAUUACUUACCAAGAAUAACUGGUUUCCAUGGAAGAGAGGCUCUACCACAAUGACAAAGGCGUGAUCUGAAAUUAAUAGGAGAAGAGCCUAUAAUGACCCACAAUGGCUGUUCUACUUCCUUUUCGGUGGUAUUCCCAUGAAACUAUCGAAUCAUGAUAUUCUCAGCGUCGCGUUCAAGUCUUUUGGAAGUUAGAGUUCAAAUUGUGGUGUAUUCAAAAGUUUUACAAAAAAAUGAGGGCGCCGAAGAGACGAAACUGGCCGCAAGGACCUUUGCGCACGCACGAAGUGA